AUGGUUGGCGUCCCUGCAGAAGUUCUAAAAUGGGACCAGGAGGCCAGAGAUAGGUAUGUUGAGUACCUUAAGACAGGAACACAAACAGUGCACCACGCACGGGGGAUGAUUGUAGGAUGCGCUGGAGCGGGGAAAACCACGCUACUUAAACGUGUACUUGGUUGUAGUGAAGAAGAGAUCAAGAAAGUUAAAUCUACUGAGGGAUUGGAGGUGCAUGAGGAAAUAUUUGAAUUAUGCGAUAAAACAAAAUCAUUAAAAGUAAGAACAAGACCUAUGGAUGACAGAAAUAAUGAGGAAAAUGCAACAGAUAUUGAACGGAAGUCCCUGACUUUGUUUGACUUUGGAGGACAGUGUGCGUACUACGCCUGUCACCAAAUUUACCUGACAAGGAGAGCUUUCUAUGUUGUGGUGGUGGACGCCUCUAAAUGUCUGGACCAGAAGGUGGAUAAGUCAGUGUGUGAUCAAGAUGGCACUGUUUUCUCCGGAUGGACGUAUGGAGACUACUUUAUGUUCUGGAUAAAGUCUAUACACACCUACUGUGUUUCUGACACUGAAAAAGAUCCAAAGCCCAUAGUUAUAAUUGCAGCCACUCACUGGAAAAAAAGGAGCAGACAGUUUAAGGAUAAAAAGAAAAUGAUGAAGAGCCUGCAGUGUCAGUUACCAAAGUCAUCUCGUUUAUCACAGUAUAUCGGAGAGGAUAACAUUUACUGUGUAGAUUUUACGUUACCUCUCCAUGAUUUGGAAACUUGCUUCUUUAACAUAGCUUCCAAUCAACAAUGGAGAGAAAAAAUUCCGAAAGAGUGGUGUUCUUUUGGGAAAGAAAUCUAUCGGAACAAACGUUCAAAGAAAAUCCUAAAGAUCUAAAAAAUAAUGCAAGUACCAGGGAUUACAAGUAAAGAACAGAAAGGCCCCGCUAAAGUUGAAAAGGGACAGGAAAACCUAGAUAUGCUACGAUAUGAUCACGAUGCUGGGAAAGCUUUAUAUUUUAAUGAAAACGGUCUGAAGGAAGAAAUAAUCAUUGACGUACAAUGGUUUAUUGACGCUUUCAAACAUAUCAUAACAGACGAGCUACAUUUCAAAGGAAUUCCUGUGACUCAGAUAGAUUGGAAUGAGUAUUAUAAUACUGGAAGAUUGCGAGACGGACUUCUGUUAGUGAUCUGGAAACAUAAAGACGAAGAAUUGUUUGAUUACUUAAAGAAAGAUACGAACUACCGUAUUAGAGACGCGUCUUUUGAGAAAGAUGAACUAUAUUUACAAUAUCAUAAAAAAUCACUUCUCAAUUUUAUGCAGAGACUUGGAUUACUGGCUGCUGGUGGAGAAUCCCACUAUGUUCCGUGCAUGAAUCGUAAAGAAAUAGAAAAAGAACUUCUAAAUUUCAUCAAGGAAUCGGAGAGUAAAUCAUCUGUCCUUAUUUACCAAUUUGAAUUUUUGCCAUUUUUCCUGUUUUACCGUCUUGUUGUUGCCUGUAUGCAAGAAGAUGGUUGGAAUGUUCUAGGAAAUCAAGGAACAUCUUGCCUCUACAAAAAUGCUGCUUUGUUUUCGUAUGUGGAAUAUAACAUUGUUUUAUCGGUCACAGAAGAAUCCAUACAACUUCAAGUAUUUUGUCCGAUACAAGGAAAUGUUUUGGAAACAGAAAAAACAUUUUUGAUUCAAGAAAGAAUAGAAGAGAUGUUAAAUGCUUUAGCAGGAACAUUUCAUAGAAAGAUACGGUAUGUAAGAGGCUUUAGAUGUCAAAUGGACAAAGAAGAAGCGAUUGCUAUCGAUAUAAAGGAGCAUUUCUUAUCUGCAAAAGACAUUCCAAAUAGAGUCCUUCAAAUAAUGUGUCCUUUGCAUUCGAUUAAUGAUAGGCAUAUCAUUGAUACCACUGAACUUACCAGAUAUUGGAAAUUGUAGAGAAAGACAUCGCCCAAUUGUAACAAAUUGAAAGAAUUCCAAACGUUGCAUUUUCGAAUACUUCAUAAAAUUAUGGUCUUCGUAUACAUGUUUUUCCCGUUUUGUCUAAGGUUCGAAAAACUUUUUGAAUGCUUUUAUAUUUGAUUGUCUUGCAUGUUUUGCUCACUCAUUUGAGAAUGAAAUUUUGCUUAGAAUGUGCAUCUUUAUGUAUAUUGGCAUUCAGUGUUUUGGUAUAUCAUUAGCAGUUUAAUCUCCAAUUACUCAUCACUAAGAAUCCGUACAAUUACAUGAACUGUGUUUUUUAUAUUUUAAGUCUUCUAGAUUAGCGCAAUAUGUUUACCGAUGUAUUUUGGAUUAUUUGUUAUUCUUACUUACUAUUUUACUAUUGUACAGAGUGUACUUUCAUUAUGCUAAAAUCUACAUAUUUAUACAAUGUGUAAAUUCGGUACUGAUAAAAGUGAUAUGUACCAAAAAAAACGAGAUUUUUUAUACAAAUAAACUAGGAAUGCCUGCAGCAAAGUUAUUGCUCAUUUCUCUAAUAACAACGAACCUUUGUAGAAAGGGUCGUGUCUAUAAUCUAAAUAUUCUGAUUUCAUUUGCAGUGGUUAGAGCAUCUGCUCUAUAGAAUAACGAAUUAAGUAGUUGGUCCUUACGUUGCAGGUUUGAAUCCCGUUGUUGGACGUGGAGACCGGUCCAUCGGAUGAGGUCCCGUGUAACAGUAGAGGCUGGCAAGAAAAAGACCCCUCUUUGCUCCAGAGCCCUGCGUGCCGAGCAUAUGGCAAUAUUUCCAGCUCUCCACUGGAAGUGGUGGCGUCUCCAUAUGUGUAAAACAUUCUCGAGUGGGACCUUUAACGACAUACAAUCAAUUAAUCAAUAUCGUAAUUUCUAUAAAUAAAAU